AUAGACCUCAACCCAAAAAAAAAAAAAACUGUGUUUUCUCUCUAUGGCGUCUUCUUUCGCAAAGCCUCUGCUAAUUCUGUCAGCUUUACUGCUUUCCCUCCUAAUCUCACCUUCACAAUCAGCGACCUGUUCCUCACAGACACUCUCCAAUAACAAAUUAUACGCCCACUGCAACGAUUUGCCUUCUCUGGAUUCUUACCUCCAUUAUUCCUAUGAUCCCGUCCAGUCCACUUUAUCCGUGGCCUUCAUCGCUCCUCCCGCUAAACCCAACGGUUGGAUUGCAUGGGCUAUUAAUCCCACCGGCUCCGGCAUGCUUGGGGCCCAAUCCUUAAUCGCCUUCAGAAACUCCGCCGGUCAAAUGACCGUUAAGACCUAUAACAUAACCUCCUACGCCCCCCCAAUUAAGGAGUCUAAGGUCUGGUUUUCCGUGAAGGACGCCACAGCGGAGUACUCCGGCAAUGUUAUCCGGCUGUUUGCCACGUUGGUCUUGCCGGAGGAGGCCACGUCUUUGAAUCAUGUGUGGCAGGUGGGCGCGUCGGUAACCAACGGCGUUCUGGAUAAGCAUUAUUUCUCGCCGGCAAAUUUGAAUGCCAAGGGAAGCUUGGAUUUGCUGAGUGGCUCUUCUUCCUCUUCAGACUCGAGGGUCAAAAAGAAAAAUGUAAGCUUUUUCCGGGGACGUGCCCAGUCAGCACGUCCCCGUCUGACACAUGCACAGACAGAGUCAGACGCGGACGUGCACAAUCAGCACGUCCGCGUCUGACACAUGCUCACACCG